AAGCAGUGGCUGCUGCAGGUUGCAGUUCAUUGUGUUAUUGGCCGGCAGGUUGAGGAGUUUGAGGCACCCGGGGCUCGAGCUUCGCUUUCCGGAUGAUGUCUGCCCGCCGGGAGACACGGUACAUUUGCAUCUCGAAGCCAACAUGGCAAGGCGGCUGCUGCUGCUGCCGCCCGCCCUCGCCUUCCAGCCAGAAGUGUGUGGCUCUCCUCUAGACUUCUUGCCCAGUGCUCUGGAUCUGAGCAGGCAGGGAUUGCAGUAGCACUCACCAAGGGGAGACAAGCAGCAAGUAGCCAAAUCGGGACAACGGAGGAGAGAGGGGGGGGCUUUUUGACUUCCUUUUUUUUUUUUUUUUUUUUUUUUUUUUUUCUCCCCCCUUCCCUUCUGGAUGCAGAGCCUGUGUUUUGAUGCAGAGCCUGUGGAUGCCACAGUCUGGUAAGGAGAUGACACGCCAGUGUCUGGUCCCUUCUGCCCCUUGAGCUGGGGGCAGGGGCCUGGGGGCAGUGACGGUUCCCCUCCUCGGGCAGAGCGGGGGGGGGGUCUCUCCCUCCAGCUGAGCAGCAGCAGCGGCAGCAGCGACCAUGGACAAGCUGCCCCCCUCCAUGCGCAAGAGGCUCUACAGCCUGCCCCAGCAGAUAGGACCCAAGGCGUCGAUCAUGGACGAGGAGGAAGACAGCGACAAGGACACCCGGAGGAAAAGCAUCAGGCUGAAGCCGCUGCCUUCGCCCUCUGCGGGGAGCACCCGGGCGCUCGGGGGGGACCCCGGCAGAGGGGGGGACCCCGGCCUCCUGGAGACAGAGGCAGGCGGCAAGGGCGCCAAGACCAGCACCAACGGGGACUGCCGCCGCUUCAAAGGGAGCCUGUCCUCGCUGACCAGCAGGCACCUCCACGACGCGGCCGAGGAGAAGAGGCUGAUCGGCGGUGAAGGGGAGCCGGCCUCCCCCAGUGAGGACAAGAGCCCCCCCGGCAGCGGGGAGCUGGAGCAGGGACUGCCCGCGCCCCCAGCACCAGCGUCCCCCCCAGAGCCCCAGCAGCAGCCCCCCCGGGCUUGCUCCUCUAGCUCCAUCAAAGUGGAAGGAGGUGGAGGGUGCGACCAGAUCACCCCAGAUGAGGAGCAGAGGCUGGGCCAAGCUGGUUUCAUGCAGAGGCAGUUCGGGGCCAUGCUCCAGCCGGGGGUCAACAAAUUCUCCUUGAGGAUGUUUGGCAGCCAGAAGGCCGUGGAGAGGGAGCAGGAAAGGGUUAAGUCUGCCGGGUUCUGGAUCAUCCAUCCCUACAGCGACUUCAGGUUUUAUUGGGAUUUGACCAUGCUGCUCCUGAUGGUAGGGAACCUGAUCAUCAUCCCUGUGGGCAUCACUUUCUUCAAGGAUGAAAACACUACCCCAUGGAUUGUCUUCAAUGUAGUUUCAGACACGUUCUUCCUCAUCGACCUUGUCCUCAACUUCCGAACAGGCAUUGUGGUGGAGGACAACACAGAGAUCAUCCUAGACCCACAGAGGAUCAAGAUGAAGUACCUGAAGAGCUGGUUUGUGGUGGAUUUUAUCUCCUCCAUCCCCGUGGACUACAUCUUCCUGAUUGUUGAAACCCGCAUUGAUUCUGAGGUGUACAAGACAGCCCGGGCACUGCGCAUCGUGCGCUUCACUAAGAUCCUCAGCCUCCUGCGGCUGCUGCGGCUCUCCCGGCUCAUCCGCUACAUUCAUCAGUGGGAGGAGAUCUUCCACAUGACCUACGAUCUGGCCAGUGCUGUGGUGCGGAUUGUGAACCUGAUCGGGAUGAUGCUGCUGCUGUGUCACUGGGAUGGCUGCCUCCAGUUCCUUGUGCCUAUGCUACAGGACUUCCCUGAUGAUUGUUGGGUGUCCCUCAACCGCAUGGUGAAUGACUCCUGGGGGAAGCAGUAUUCCUAUGCGCUGUUCAAGGCCAUGAGUCACAUGCUCUGCAUUGGGUACGGGCAGCAGGCGCCCGUUGGCAUGUCAGAUGUGUGGCUCACCAUGCUGAGCAUGAUUGUUGGUGCCACCUGCUAUGCCAUGUUCAUCGGCCAUGCCACAGCCCUAAUCCAGUCUCUGGACUCCUCGCGGCGUCAGUACCAGGAGAAGUACAAACAAGUGGAGCAAUAUAUGUCCUUCCACAAGCUCCCCGCAGACAUGCGGCAGCGCAUCCAUGAUUACUAUGAGCACCGCUACCAGGGGAAGAUGUUUGAUGAAGAGAGCAUCCUGGGAGAGCUGAGUGAGCCCCUCCGAGAGGAAAUCAUAAACUUCAACUGCCGGAAGCUGGUUGCCUCCAUGCCCCUCUUUGCCAACGCAGAUCCCAACUUUGUGACAUCCAUGUUGACCAAGUUGCGGUUCGAAGUGUUUCAACCAGGGGAUUACAUCAUCCGGGAGGGCACCAUUGGCAAGAAGAUGUACUUCAUCCAGCAUGGGGUGGUGAGCGUCCUCACCAAAGGCAACAAGGAGACCAAGCUGGCAGAUGGCUCUUACUUCGGAGAAAUUUGCCUCCUGACCCGUGGCAGGCGCACAGCCAGCGUGCGAGCUGAUACCUACUGCCGGCUCUACUCCCUCUCAGUGGACAACUUCAACGAGGUGCUGGAAGAGUAUCCCAUGAUGCGACGAGCUUUUGAAACUGUGGCUCUUGACAGGCUGGACAGAAUUGGCAAGAAAAAUUCCAUUCUGUUGCAUAAAGUCCAGCAUGACCUCAAUUCAGGUGUUUUCAACUACCAAGAGAAUGAGAUCAUCCAGCAGAUUGUACAGCACGACAGAGAGAUGGCACACUGUGCUCACAACGUUCAGGCUGCCGCCGCCGCUGCUGCCGCCGCCGCCUCGACACCCACCCCUGUCAUCUGGACUCCGCUGAUCCAGGCACCCCUGCAAGCUGCAGCAGCCACCACUUCUGUCGCUAUAGCGCUGACCCACCACCCUCGCCUCCCCACAGCCAUCUUCCGUCCUCCGGUGUCCGUCCUGGGUUCCUUGGGACAGCAGUCCAACCAGACUCCAAGACAGCUGAAAAGGCUUCAGUCUCUCAUCCCGUCAACCGGCCCUUCUGCCGUUGGCUCUCCCUCCAGUACUCCAUCCCAGCUCCAUACACCAGGAGCAGAAACCCCUUCGUCCUCUUCCUUCCACAUCCAGCAGCUCGCAGGUUUCUCAGCUGCUGCCGGCUUAGGCCAGUUCCAGGUGGGAUCCCCUCCAGGUGGCUCAAACCAGCCGGGUUUGGGCGGCGCAUCCUCGGUGGGACUGAGCCAGUUCCAACACGCACCUUCUGGAUCGCCCCUGGGUGCAGCUCAGCCCAUGCAGCAGCAGCAGCAGCAGCAGCAGCAGCAGCAGCAGCAGCAGCAGCCACCAGCCCUUUCCAGCAGCGGAUUUGGGCACUUCCAGCAAGCCACAACAAGCUCCCCAUCAACAUCACUCACCCAGCUCUCAUCAAACUCACCCCCCAGUCUUCUCAACCAGUUCCAGCCCACCACAAGACCACUGCAGGGGGGACAGUUACAGCAGCUCUCGGGCAGUGGGACUUUGGGGGGAAUGAACCACUUCCAACCCCCUCCUUCUUCCAACUCUCCAUCCUCCAGCCUAAGUCAGCUGGCACAGGCCUCGGGUGGGCCGUCCUCAGGCCUGUGCCAAACACAUCCAAGUGCAUUAGGAUCUUUAACUGGAACCAUAGCCCAGCUCCACCAAGAGCGGCCACCUUUUGCCUCCAUGUCUCCACUACAACAGUCUGGUGUCGCCUCUCCCUGUUAUACCCCUUCUGGCCUUAGUCCUCCUAGUCAGAGCCCAGUGGCAACAAGAACUUUUCAGUGUGGCCCUUCGGGGACCUCCGGCUCUCACGGAUCUCUGCUCCUGCCUCAGACCGCCAGCCCACCUCCGCAGAUCCUGCAGUCCAAGAUCACGCCGCCUGUGCCACCGGGACGUCUGAACCAGGACAUCAAGUUGAUUUCUGCUUCCCAGCCAUCUUUGCCCCAGGAGCUGGCUCAGACACUGAGCCAAAGUUCUCCUCAUUCCUCUAGAGAAUCUGUUUCCAGUUUCUCUCCUUUUCCUGGUGGAGGGACCGGACUCCUUGGGAAGCCUUGUAGCUCAAUUCCUGGGCGUGUGACUUUACCGCGUCAGAUGUCCUCAGGUUCUUUACCACAUCCACUGGUGUUUGGGGCCAGCGCUGCAGGCGCUGCUUCUCUGACUGCUGGUGGGCGGAAAGAAUCCAUAGUGCUCACAGGGGAUCUGGAACCUGUCAGAUCCAAACUGCCCUCCAAUUUGUGAGGACUCCUUCUGAGAGCUGGUUAUGUCAGCCGUGCAAUUCAGUUCCUGAAUAGACUUUCAUGACUCAUUUUUUCCUUUUCUUCCCCCC